GACCAGCUCGCGCUGGAAAAAAUCGAACAACGUACAAGAUCUCUUAAUCAUAUCCUGGAGAUUCUCACAGAUUCCUUCUUCCCUCCGCAUGGAAAUAACGAAUACCACAUACCUCUCCAUUCCCCCAUCUUCCUCUGAACACCACCAUGCCCCGCACAUACGGCAAAGUCAAGCAGACGCGUCUAUCCUUCACGCCCGUGGCAAGCUCAGCCUCCCCGGGGGCUGAGCGCAGUCCUGGCUCUGACCGCGUGGCUAAAGUUCGAUAUGAGCAUCCGUCCAAGGUCACACUUUCGCGUGGUCGGUUACGAAUCGAUGACUAUCCGGCUUUUAGUCGCAAUGAUGGAGCAGCGGGUAGUGUUGAGGUUUCGAGUAUGAGUACUCCGGUUAAGAAGAAGAAGAAGGAUAGGAAGAACAAGAAGAAGGGGUCUAAAUAUAAAGUGAAGGGAAAGGGAGAUGAAGGGCAAAUGAAGGAAGAAGAAUCGAGCGAUGAUGAGAGGAAGGAGUCUUCGGUUCGACAGUCACAGUCACGGUUAUCAGCAUCGUCGGAUGAAGAUGAUGAAAUUGUACAAGCUUCUGCUCGCAGACGACGGGGACAGUCUGGAGUGGUCGUUCUUGAGGAGGAUAGUGAAAGUGAUUCUGACGGAUCUGCUACGCCUGUUCCAACAACGAGGAAGUCUCACGAAGGGAAAGAAUCUAGUGAGAAGGCUUCUUCGAGCAGCAGUAGGAAGCUUCGUUCGGGCAAAACUUCACGCAAUGAGGGGUCAAAUGCAGAAAUGAGGACGCCGCUGAAAAGGAAAUAUACCGCUACGGAGUCUGAAGAUGAUUCUGAGUCCCCGGUGCUGACUGGGCGUUUGUCCCGUACACGACCAUCGACUCGGCAGCCUUUGGAACAGAACUCCUCAGGGGCAAGCGAUGAGGAAGAGGUGGUCGCUCAUUCGACCACUCGACGUUUGAAACGCGGAGCAGCACCGAGUACUGCGUUUCCUGUUGAUGAUUCGGAUGAUUCGGACGAUGUAAUAUUGUCUUCCCCUGCGAAGAGAAGGAGAUUGGACAAUGGACCAGAAGCUCUUCGGACACCUCGCCAAACUUCGGACCAGGAUCGGCUCGAUCUGGAAGAGGAUCUCGAGGAUCUGAAGGACUCAGCUGUCAAGAAGACGCGCACUCGUGGUCGGCCAGCUGAUUCUGCGCGCCUUACAAGACAGAAGCAGCUAGAGCUGCUCCGUCGAAGGCGUGCCGGCGAGAAAGCAAUAAGCGUUUCGGAAUCUCAGCAUUCAGACAACGAGUCUGAUGGUGAAGGUGAACAGAGCGAAUCGGUCGAGGAGCUUGAGGACGAGUCCGGGUCAGAAGAUAGCCAGGACACCGAUGUUGAACCACCAGUAUCUGAAAACGAAGAUCUGGACCGGUAUGAGGACGAUUUUGUGCUCCAGGACGACGAGGGUGAACUGGGCGCUCCCACCGAUCUUGCCGAUAUGCCGUUUGAAUUCACACGACACAGCUACAAAAAGCCCAAGGAGUUCUUCAGAGACGUCGUGGAAUGGAUGGUGCACAAUAAGCUCAAUCCCGCCUUCCCUCGCAAUGAUCCCGUCUACCAGGUUGCUUUCAUGAAGUUGGAGGAUGAGGUCAAAGGUCGCGCUGGAUCUCAACUCGUCUCUACGGUAUGGAACUCCGACUUCCGUAGAGCCUUAAUGGCACGGCCGCAAAUAGAGGUGACUCUCUUCCCUAUAACGGAAGGUCAUCCUUGCGAUGCUUGCAAUAGAUCUGGUCACCCUGCGUCCUUUGAUGUCAAACUGUACGGGAAGCCUUAUUCUCUCGAGACUCUCGAACCGCUCUCAGACGACGAAGACAGUGAUGAACAAUCCGAAGAGUCUCACGACACCAGAGACAAGGAUAAGGAUGGCAAUCCUCUCCCAGACGAAGACAGACGAUUCUACUUGGGAAGACACUGCAAAUCCCGCGCCACAAUGGCACACACCCUCGUCCACUGGCGCUUCCACCUCAGCGAAUGGGUCAUCGGCUAUCUUGAGCACCAGGGCGUUUUCAGCGACGAAAAGAUCAUCGAACGCAGCCACUGGAGCGUGAAACGACAGACCAAGUACGCCAACGAGGUCGUCGACAACAUGGUCGAGACUGGCGAAGUUAAGAGACUCUGGCGUGACUUCCAUAUCAACUUGACAGCUGCCAGGGAGACUACGGAGAGUCGGUGGUAAUCGAACCUCGUCCUGAAGAAAGAUUCCAUACAUGAUCAUGUAUGACCUUUGAAUAUUCUUUUUCUUUUCAGUGGACAUAUUGCUUCCAAAAGCGUUGACAUAUUUUUAUUUCCUCUGGCCCGCUGGUGACUUGUUCUCCAUCUGUUGUUUCAUUGGAGAAGCUUUCCUUCAGAGAUACCCCUAAUUAACAUUUCUUGUAUCCCCCUUUUUCUAACUAGCACAUACAUCAAAUGUGAUCACGAGAGGGUCAUCAUCAUAUUGACACGCCUGGUAGUUCUUACAGAUGGUACUGGAUAUGAUAUAUCGGUUGUCUAUUUUCCUAAGUUGAACGUUCAUGACAUAAUGAAGGAGCA